GGGGCAGGUGAAAGUUGAGCAAAGCGACUCAGCGUUAAGUAGGUUAAGCUUGGACAGAGAUCGCCAGAGAGGAGCAGCUAAUAUCUCACAGCAAAAAUAACAUUUUCUCCUACACACGACGGCGAUGAUGUCGGUUAGAACAGGAGGUGGAUGAUGAUGACGACGCUGUCGUGGCGAGUUGUGUCAGUGUGGCUAAUCGUGGCUUUAGCCUCUCGUUAUCAUGUUAGAUGCACAGAGCAACACCAAGAGACCCAGAGUUCCAUGCCCAAAGAGGACAUCAGUUUGGAAGAAGAGCCAGGGGAAACGACUUACCAUCACAAGAUUGAGGAGAACAGGAUGUCCCAUAUCCAGUCACUGUCUGAGGAUGAUCUGCUGACACUGGGAGUUGGGGAGGAUCAGGCAGAGGAGGAGCCAGUGACACAAGAACUAGACAGAAAGGAAGAAGAUGCAGAGGUCUUUGAGGUGGAGGAGCCUGCUUCAGAAGUUGAGCUAGAGCCAGAGAAGGGUUUGGCAGAGCCAAAGGCAGAAGCUGUACAAGACCCAGAAAAGCAACAUUUAGAAGCUUCCGUUAUUCAAGACAAGGAGUCAGACUCCUCUGAGCUCUUGCCUCCAUCCUCUGAUCCCACUCAUGCCCCUGCUGCUGAGCCUGAGGAUCCACCCAGCAUUCCUACCUCCCAGGACCUUACCCCGAAUCAUAUGUCGGAUGCCGUCGUACUUGAUGUUGAUGCACUUGAACUCAGUGACGAUGACCCAGCCCCAGCUGAUUGUGAGGCAGGGGAGGCAAACCCAUAUGACAAAGAAAGCAGUCCUCCAGUGGUCUUGGAGAACACUUCAAAUGCUCACACAGCAGGAACCAAAACCCAACUUGACCCAUCCCUGAGUCCUCAGACUGGUCACAGCACCCAGCCUCUGGGAUCCAACACAUCACACAUGCUAAUGGAACAGGGGUUGAGCUCUCCCAUCAUCACAGACACAGAUUCUAGCGUGGGCAACAAAGACCCAGAGGACAUCCCCACCUUUGACGAGUGGAAGAGGAAGAUGAUGGAGGUGGAGAAAGAGAAGACUCAGGCUACUCAUACCUCUACCAAUGGAGGCACUGCUCCUGCUAAGAAGGUGCAGAAGAAUUUUAAUAACUAUGCCUCAGUGGAGUGCGGAGCCAAGAUUCUUGGUGCUAACCCAGAGGCCAAGAGCACUGCAGCCAUAUUGAAGGAAAAUGUGGACUUGUACAUGCUUAACCCUUGCAGCAAUAAGAUCUGGUUCAUCAUUGAGCUCUGUGAGCCCAUUCAGUUGAAGCAGUUGGACAUUGCCAACUUUGAGCUCUUCUCCUCCACUCCCAAAGACUUUCUGGUCUCCAUUAGUGAUAGAUACCCAACCAAUAAGUGGCUUAAGCUGGGAACCUUUCAUGCCAGAGAUGAGCGCACAGUCCAGAGCUUCCCACUGGAUGAGCACUUGUAUGCUAAAUAUGUCAAGAUGUUCACCAAGUACAUAAAGGUGGAGCUGGUCUCUCACUUCGGCUCAGAACAUUUCUGUCCCCUCAGUCUCAUAAGGGUGUUUGGGACCAGCAUGGUGGAAGAAUAUGAGGAGAUAGCGUACCCCCCCGAGAGACCAGAUGAUCCGGAUGAGGACUUCGAUUCUCCCUCUGGAUAUGUGCCGGGUGAAGUAAAGUCUUCCAAAAAUCUGAUUGGAUCAGCCAAGGAUGUCAUUUUGAACAUGGUAAAUAACAUUGCUGUCAAUGUUCUUGGUGGGGGCUCAGAGACGCAAGGCAACUUUUCAACCUUGGAAACGAACUUGACAGAGCCAUCGUCUCUUGUCGACACCACUACUCAGACUACUGCUACGAACCUUCACCCUCUGUUGCCUGACAUUGACAAGGUGGAGGCCUCCCUGCAGUCUCUUUACCCCACAGAAGACACGCCUUCAUCAGAGCCCCCUGUUCCAGAGAAACCUACCCAGCCAGAGCUCCCCAUAUCUGAGGAAAGGAUGGUCACUCCUCUCCAGGAAAAGGAGGAGGAACCAACAAAUCCCACAGUCAUCCUUCUGGAAAUGGAAAAGGACUUAGAGGAAGUGAAGGAUGAGCCGCUUUGGCGACAGCAAGAGAGCUUGGACUACUGUGCACCACUCCUUUUAUUUUCAUCUUCCUCAUUUGUUCCAUCCUGCUCCUGCUCAGCUUCCCUCCAGGAGUAUCUCCACCAACAGUGUGAUGCCCUGUUAUUUAAACUGAGGAUAUGCCAAACUCUGAAGAGAGAGCCAACGAUUCCUCCCCACAUACAAACACCAUCCUCGCAGCAGCUUCCCCUCUCCUCCUCUGCUUGCCCUGAACCCCAGGUGCCCCACACUGAAAUGCUUCAGCUUCAGGAAAAAGAAACUGCCUAUGGGCAGGGUGAGAGAGAGGCCAGCCACGUAGAGGCAUCAGAUUCUCUUGGGGACCUCAUUGUGACUCAAAAAGAUUUCAGGCCUGAGCCUCCACUGUUGGAGCCCAGUCAGACAACAAACCUCCCCAAACCCAGUAGCACCGAGUCUCCCACUGCCACACCCACCCUUUCCCUGCAACUUUCUAGUAAAGACCAGCUCAUUGAGCUGACACCAGGGGGGAGCAAGGAUGUGCAGAUGGAGGAGAAGCAUAAGGAGCCUCCACUAAAUAUUGCCACCUCCACCCCUGUCUCAGUAAAACCCACCAGUAGUGUUGUAGUGGAUCAGAUUGUACUGCCCCUAAAAGAUGAGAAACCCACCACCGAUUUUUACCCAGAAGGGUUAGAUGCCCCAACCCAGAUACCAGAUAUAGAAGAUCAGCCCCAAUUCCCCUACCCUACAAUCCCUACCCCCUCAGAACAACAGCCUGCUCCUCCAUCUAUACCAGACAAUGGCAGCAGCACCCCUGAGUCAUCUCACCUUGCUCCAAACACCGUCACAGAACCUUUGUCUUCUAAUGGCCUGUCCUCUAGCACUGACACCAAAGUGGAGGACCUUGUGGAGGAUAUAAUCUUCACAUCAUCCAACGGCAAUGGUCAAGUGCCCCGCCCCUCCUCUCCUGCCUCUACCCCUUCCUCCUCCUCCUCCUCCUCAGAGUUCUAUGCAGAGCUGUCAAACGGCAUGGAGCAGGGCAAUGGGAACCAGGUUCAUGGCUCUAGUCAGAAAGAAUCUGUGUUCAUGAGACUCAACAAUCGAAUCAAGGCCCUGGAGAUGAACAUGUCGCUCAGUGGGCGCUACCUGGAACAGCUUAGCCAGAGGUAUCGAAAACAAAUGGAAGAGAUGCAGCGUGCUUUCAACAAAACCAUCAUUAAACUCCAAAACACCUCCAGGAUAGCUGAGGAGCAAGACCAGCGGCAGACAGAAUCCAUUCAGUCCCUGCAGGGUCAGCUGGAGAAUGUGACUCAGCUUGUUCUCAACCUGUCGAUCAGGGUCAGCCAGCUGCAGAGUGAGGUGUCAGACAGGCAGAGUUACCUACUGCUGUCUCUGGUGCUGUGUCUGUUGCUGGGCUUGCUGCUGUGUGCCAACCAUUGCCGCAUGUCCACUAUGUCACCAGCUGGAGAACCAGAGCCGCCAACAUCCAAGAGUUACAGCUACUGCUGUCCUGAAAGGCAGUUCUCUUCCUGUGAUGAUUUGGGCUUGAAGAGGAGAGCGUCAUAUCCACUGUUACACUCUGAGUCCCUCCAGUUGCCCACCACUGAAGGUCCUGGAGCCUUGUAUACAGAGGCGACACAUUCUCCAGAUAACAGAACGAAGGCAUGCACUAAUCCCAGAGUGGAGACUCUGAAACCCUCCUCCCACAGUGUUCCAGAGCUCGCUAAUGGGGCCAUUGAAUGUAACGGCGUGCCUAUCCCCACAAACUCUGCAUCCCCUGUGAAAGGGUUAAUUCACCCUUCCUUUAGAGACUCGCCCACAGAGGGCAGCUCCGAGGGCUCCUCUCAGUCGGAUGACCCCUCCUUCUGUGGCAUCACCAAAGCCUGCACUCGAAUCUGCGAGGGCCUUCCCGCACCCAAGACCAGGGCCGAGAAACGGGCGUUAAGACGCAGGCGUCCUAAGUCCAGUUGCACGGUGGUGGACUUGGUUCAAGCCCCCCGGAGGGACAAGAGUGCAUCUUUGCCCAUCUCUACCUUUCAGGACCUUGUGAGUAGGAAAAAGGAGCAGAGCUCUGGGACAUUUAGGGUAAAUGCCGCUCUCUCAGGUUCUGUUUAGCAUGGGAACAGACUUUGAAAACCUGUGCUCUUGUUCUCUGACUCAAUCUCUCCUAAAAGGAGGGUGAAGGUGUUUUUCUGUAGCCGUAGGCAGCUUAAAGCUUUGACAAAAGACAAUCCCUUUGCUGUUAGCUUUAUGUCGUUUUUGAUUCAUGGUUUUAGUUAAAUCCUUGUCAGACUUUUAUAUUUGUUAUGCCCCCUUACCGAUGAAAGGUUUUUCCCAUCUGACCAUUAAAAACUUCCGUUG